AUGAGAGAACCACACAACUUCCUUUCAGAAAUGUUGAAAGCUAAAAUUUGGUUAAGCCAGGACAAUAUGUGGAAAGAGGAGGAUGUAAGAGUAGCAGUACAACGUGUCUUACAUCUUCUGUCCGGCCCGGAUAAGAUGAUUCCGAAUUAUUCCUGUAGGAGCCAUGGCCAGCUGGCUGGUAUCAUUGGAGAUCACCAUUCAUCUACCACUAUUCCAGCAGCACAAAUCCUUGGACCAUAUGGAUAUCCUCAGAUCAGCUAUGGAGCCAUCGACCACUCUCUAUCUGAUAGACGCCUCUAUCCACAUGUUUUCCGCACAGUCCAAAGUCACCAUGCCCACAAUUUGGCUAUAACCAAACUGUUGAAGCACUUUGGCUGGACCUGGGUUGGGAUCAUAGUAUCGGAAGAUGAUGCCGGAGAGAAUGAACUGCAGAUACUAACAAAGUACAUGAGAGAACACGGGAUCUGUGCCGCCUUCACCAUAAAAUUUAACAACAAAAUUGUCGACUCUGAUGACCAAACUGUACAGAUUUUACAGGAUCCAAAAGUCAGUGUCAUUAUAAUGUGUGGGACUUACUAUGGCUAUGGAAGUCAAAUACUAUUUCAGUAUAGAUUUCUAUUUAUUAACAAAACUCUCAUCCUUCCACCAUCCUGGGCCUCCAGUUUCGUCAGUUCAGAUCAAAUGCACCUAUCACUAAAUGGAAGUCUAACAGUGGAAUUUUCAUCACAACCUUUUCUCGGAGUGGAAAAUUUUGUGAAAAACUACAGGAAAAUCCCCAAAACGUACAACAGUUACAUGACUAAGCCCCUUUGGGAAGCCUUAGAUUUCAUGGCAGGAAAUGGGAAUAAUGAUUUCUUCAUUUCCAUCAAUAUCACCUACAAUAAAGAUGACAGUGUAACAUUUACUACACCAAGUCUGAGAUAUUACCUGUCAUCAGGCGUCACUCCAAGAUUGUAUUACGCAGUAGAAGUCCUGGCAAAAGCUCUACAUGAAAUGUUCUUAUAUAUAAAAGACAAAUAUCAAGAAAAUUCAAUAACUGGACUUAUACAACACACACAGAAGUUACAGCGCUAUAUACAGAUGAUGAAGUCUUCACCGGAUCCAAUGAGACCUUCAUAUUACUUUAAUGAACAGGGAGAAGCUGUACAUCCAUAUAAGAUAAUAAACCAUUUUUAUCUAUUGAUAUACAAGGACAUAUUUUUCGAGGAACGUCAGGUUGAAGUAGGAAAUUUUACACCAUGGGUGAUCAGUGGUCAAAAGCUUUACGUGAAUAACCAGAAUAUAACAUGGAGAAACACACAGGAGAUCCCAGUAUCCCGCUGCUCAGAUCCAUGUUUACCGGGAAGUUGGAAAAAGGUGAGAUCAACAAUCCAUACCUGCUGCUAUGACUGUGUCCCAUGUUCAGAAGGAGAGAUAUCCAAUAUAACCGACACUGACAAGUGCAUUAAAUGUCCAAGUGAUGAAUGGCCAAAUGAGAGGAGAGACCGAUGCCUGCCCAAAGUCAUGGAUUUCAUCUCUUACCAAAAUGACACAAUGGCUUCUGUAUUCUCCUGUGUCUCCAUCUUCGGAUGUCUUGUGACUGGCUCCAUAUUUGGAAUAUUUAUCUCCUACCGGGACACUCGUAUUGUUAAAGCUAAUAACCGGAACCUGAGUUAUAUCCUCCUGGUCUCCAUCCUCCUCAGCUUCCUCUCUGUCUUCUUGUUUCUUGGUCUUCCCAGUGAUGUCACUUGUAGAUUACGUGAAACCAGUUUUGGAGUCUUCUUCUCAGUCGCCGUCUCUUCACUUCUCGCCAAGACUGUUAUGGUUUGUGUUGCUUUUAAAUCCACCAAGCCUGGAAGCCCCUGGAGAAAAUGGCUGAGUGUGAAGCUGCCCUAUACCAUAGUGUUGUUGUGUUCUUCCAUUCAAGUUGUAAUCUGUGUUAUCUGGUUGUCUAUCUCUCCCCCAUUCCAGGACCUGGACACUCACACUUAUCCUGGGAAGAUCAUCAUUCAGUGCAAUACAGGCUCGGAUAUCUGGUUCUACUCUGUGUUGGGUUAUCUGGGGUUCCUGGCAGCGGUGAGCUUUGUUCUGGCUUUCAUGGUGAGGACAUUACCGGACACUUUCAAUGAGGCCAAGUACAUCACCUUCAGCAUGCUGCUGUUCUGCAGUGUCUGGAUCGCCAUGAUCCCGGCUUAUCUGAGCACCACAGGGAAAUCCAUGGUGGCUGUGGAGAUCUUUGCAGUAAUGGUGUCCAGUGCUGGACUUUUAGGGUGUGUGUUUUUCCCAAAAGUUUAUAUAAUUUUAUUUAUAUCUGAACUAAAAAGAAAAACUGACCUUCUGGGGAAAAGGAAGGAAUGA